AUGAUAUCCAACAACAUAUCCUCACCCUCACCCUCAAACCAAACCAACAUUCAAAUCUCUCCAGAACAAACUACCAUCUCAAAAACACCCAAAAACUAUCUUCCCUUCAGAACAAGAUCAUCAAGAAAGCUAGCAAUUCUCAAAGUUGAUGAACAUCAAAAAACCAAACCAAUAGUAUGGUUUGCCGCAAUACUAUGUUUUAUUUUCAGCCUCAUGUUAAUCUUCUUUGGCAUAGCAACAUUAAUUUGCUACCUAGCCCUAAAACCAAGUAACCCUUCAUUUGAUAUUCCAAAUGCAAGCUUAAACCUAGUAUAUUUCGACUCAAAACCCUAUCUCAAUGGUGAGUUCACACUUCUCACAAAUUUCUCAAACCCUAAUAGAAGAGUUCAUGUGAAGUUUGAGUCUUUACAUAUUGAACUUUUCUUCACAAAUAGACUCAUAUCAUCCCAAUCGAUUAAUCCUUUCACUCAAAAGCCAAGAGAAACUAGGUUGCAAGCAGUGAAGUUUAUGUCAAGUUUGCUUUUUGUGGCACAAGAGGUGGGUGUGAAACUUGUAGAGGAGGUGCAAAGUAGUAAUAGGUUGAGUUAUCAUGCAAAGGGAACAUUUAAGGUGAAGGUUAAAAUGGGAAUUAUACAUUUGUCUUUCUGGCUUCAUAGUUUUUGUCAGAUGGAGAUGACUGGUCCACCUGCUGGUUCUCUUGUUGCUAGACAAUGUGUAACAACUCGAUGA